AUCGGCUCCAGACGGCCCGCGCCUGAGUGAAUGGAGCUGGAGAAUGGCAGCAGAAUAACGACUCCUGUCUCAUCUCAUGUUCCUGCACUUCUUUGCUAUUUCCAUACCGAUCAGCAAGACGCGAGCUGACGCUUUCCUAUUUCUUUUUCUUCUUCUUUUUUAUUUUUUGCAAUAUUUACCUUGAAUGAGAAGAUGAAGGCUACCAUUCUGCCUCGGGCCCAGAGGGACUCGUGCAGCUGCUCUGAACUCUCGGCCGAGCCUGAUCUGUGCUGCCUACAGCACGACAUGAACGAUUGCUACAGUCGUCUAAAGCGCCUGGUGCCCACCAUCCCGCAGCACCGGCGCGUGAGCCGCGUGGAGAUCCUGCAGCACGUCAUCGACUACAUCCUGGACCUGCAGCUGGCGCUCGAGCGCACCGAGCACACCGAACACAGCGGGACGUGGCUGCGGAGCUCCAUCCGCACCCCGCUCUCCGUCCUCAACACAGAGCAGAGGACACCAGUUGUCAAUAAGCAGGAGGACACAAUUUUGUGCAGCUAAAAUGCAGCAUAUCGCAGUGGUGUGCAGUGAACCCAUCCAAAGCCAAGCCAAGCUUUGGCAGCAUAUUCAACACACACCAGGCCCAACGUGGGAUUGCGAAGCAGUUCUGAAACUAAUGGCUUCUAAACCAUAAUUUAUAAACAUUUCAGUGUUAACUGUCAGUGAUGGCUGAGGCAGCCAGUCUUCUUCUCCGUUCACUAUAUUAUCUGUCAGUGAAGGAAAUGCUGAAUUUGGAUAAUGAUAAAAAUCACUCUCUCUCUCUCUCUCUCUCUCUCUCUCUCUCUCUCUCUCUCUCUCUCUCUCUCUCUCUCUCUCUCUUUUAUUUCCUUAUUGGUAAUUGAACAUACCAGGAAAAAUCUUGUCUAAUUUUUACUAAGAAUCUUCAUACUGUAAAGCUUUACAGUACAUUGAAAAUAACAUUGAAAGUUAAAAUAUUGACAUCUAUUGUUAAAGAUAGAUGAUUUGUUUUAAACAGGGAUUUCUCUGCAAUUGAAUUGUUUAAUAUUGUAAAGAAAAUAUACAUGUUGACAAAUAAUCCUGUAAAUAUAAAAAUAGGAUGUUCUAUAAUUGUAUGUGUAAGAAAAUAUCUAUAUGCUAUUGUAAUUAUAAGAUAUUUUUAUUGAAAAAUUUUGUUUUGUAAAUAUUGUGUUUUCCAUAAGUGUAGUGAAAAAAUACAUGAUUGUUCUGCUAAUAAAGAUCUCACAUCUUAAAGCAAA